GAGCUGAUCCUCCACAGUGGCAGAGACAGAAUGAUGCUGCCCACUCCCUGCUACUCAACCACAGCUACUAACAGGUAGGCCUGUAUGCUAUGUCCCACUAUAGGGCAUUUCCAUGUAAAAGGACCCAUGAACACCACCAUGUGACGUUCAUAGGAGCAUGUCAAAUUGGGUGUCAAAUGAAAGCUAAGAGUCUACAUUGUUUUCCUGAAAUGAAGACACCAUUUUCCAUCCUAGAAAUUUGGAAUAAGCAAAAGUCUUUAAUUUCUGGUCAAACAGAUGGAAAAGCGGUCUUAGAAAACAUCUACCAGGAAAAAGUCUUAAAAGGUAUCAGAAACACAAUAAUAUUGAGGUAAAGACCCCUGCCAACUAAUUUGUAGAACUGAUUUGACUUCUGUAAGUUUGAGAAACACUGCCUUGUGCCUUGUAACCAAAAACCAGGGGCGCAACUUUGGUUUUAGAAGUGGGGGGGGGGCAUAAUUAUAUAUAUAUUUUUUAUCCAGUCGGAUAAACACUCCAAACAGCCUACCCGACCACUGGGAGGCGUCCGCAUGGUCCUAAAGCACACCGUUGCCUCGUUUUGUAUCACAUUCCAAUGAUAUAAACUGGGGGGGACAAAAAUGCCAUUUCAGAAUGUGGGGGGGACAUGUCCCCCCGUCCCCAGUGAAAGUUGCGCCCCUGCCAAAAACCCACAUACUGUAUCUUGAAGAUAUUUUCUAAUUUCUCUCCCUCAUGAAAAGGAAGGAUAAUGAAAGUUCACAGAAAUAACAAGGUAGAUUUACCAAUUAGUUAUAGUAUUUUUACUGAUAUCAAGUUUGAUAUCAGUGCUGUUACUAAAUUGGUAACAGAAUUACGUUCUGCCAAAUUCUCUAAAACGACGUUGGAGGUGGCUUAUGGUAGAUAAAUGAACAUUAAAUUCUCUGGCAACCGCUCUGGUGGACAUUCCUGCAGUCAGGAUGCCAAUUGCACACUCCCUCAACUUGAGACAUCUGUGGCAUUGUGUUGUGUGACAAAACUGCACAUUUUAGAGUGGCCUUUUAUUGUCCCCAGCACAAGGUGUAAUGAUCAUGCUGUUUAAUCAGCUUCUUGAUAUGCCACACCUGUCAGGUGGAUGGAUUAUCUUGGCAAAAGAGAAAUGCUCGCUAACAGGGAGAGAGAUACGCUUUUUGUGUGUAUGGAAAUUGUCUGGGAUCUUUUAUUUCAGCUCAUGAAACACUUUACAUAUUGUGGUUAUAUUUUUGUUCAGUGUAGAUCGUUUUAAGAUUGUUCUAUAGAUCAGUUAGGGUGUAUGUAAGCUACAAUAUGAGGUGCUAAUCCUAGCAUGAAAGUGCAUCCUUGUAGCUGUGUGGACUUAGUUUUCUUUUUCAAUCCUUGGGGUAAAUUGAGCCAUUAGCCAAGUUGAGCCAUUAGCCAAGUUGAGCCCCAUUCAAAUGAUGAUUACAUAGUAUUUUUGCAAUGUGUCAUGCAUAUGAACUCAAGAUUUGUUACAGAGCAGACCUCAUCCUGCCCCGUGUAUACAAACGUAAAACAAGCAGGGUCCUCGAUGGUUCUUCAGGGAACAGGAAGUGAUAGAAGGAAGAAGAAUAUUAGAGCAGCAGCGAGGGAUGAACAAAUAGACUGAAGAGGAACUGACAGAAAGGACAGGAACAUGGACCUGUGUGGAAGAGAGGCUAUGAUAGAGGAGCAGAGGCACCAUGUACCUGUGUGGAAGAGAGGCUACGAUAGAGUAGCAGAGGCACCAUGUACCUGUGUGGAAGAGAGGCUACGAUAGAGGAGCAGAGGCACCAUGUACCUGUGUGAAAGAGAGGCUACGAUAGAGUAGCAGAGGCACCAUGUACCUGUGUGAAAGAGAGGCUACGAUAGAGUAGCAGAGGCACCAUGUACCUGUGUGAAAGAGAGGCUAUGAUAGAGUAGCAGAGGCACCAUGUACCUGUGUGAAAGAGAGGCUAUGAUAGAGUAGCAGAGGCACCAUGUACCUGUGUGGAAGAGAGGCUACGAUAGAGUAGCAGAGGCACCAUGUACCUGUGUGGAAGAGAGGCUAUGAUAGAGUAGCAGAGGCACCAUGUACCUGUGUGGAAGAGAGGCUAUGAUAGAGUAGCAGAGGCACCAUGUACCUGUGUGGAAGAGAGGCUACGAUAGAGGAGCAGAGGCAACAUGUACCUGUGUGAAAGAGAGGCUACGAUAGAGUAGCAGAGGCAACAUGUACCUGUGUGGAAGAGAGGCUACGAUAGAGUAGCAGAGGCACCAUGGACCUGUGUGGAAGAGAGGCUACGAUAGAGUAGCAGAGGCACACAAGGUCUUAUCUGAUGACAUGGAGUCUGAGCUUGAUAAACAUAUCAAGAAUCUCAAGGACCAGUUUCAUGGGCUUAGUCAAAUUAAGAGAACUUGCCUCCGAACAUCGAAACAACAUCCCUGUCCCAGACAAUUGGUCAAGCUACCUGGGGCGGCAGGUAGCUUAGUGGUUAAGAGCGUUGUGCCAGUAACCGAAAGGUCGCUGGUUCUUAUCCCUGAGCCGACUAGGUGAAAAAUCUGUCGAUGUGCCCUUGAGCAAGGCACUUAACCCUAAUAGCUCCUGUAAGUGGCUCUGGAUAAGAGCGUCUGCUAAAUGAAAGGGGAAGUGAUAUUGAACAGGGAGAUCUACAUCUGAAUGUACUGUAGAUACCACACACCCAGCCCAUGAAUUACACUUUGACCUUAAUCAUAAAUAAACUGGGCCGGAAAAGAGUUAUGAAAAUUCUAUGGAAAUCAUACUGGAAAAUGGUGAACUUGAACAUAAGAAGAAUUGUGUAUUAGAUAAGUAAAGGGGAAUGAUUUUGCUAACCUGUUUUCAGGAAACAAUAUAAUAAUAAUAAUAUGCCAUUUAGCAGACGCUUUUAUUCAAAGCGACUUACAGUCAUGCGUGCAUACAUUCUUUUCUUUUUUUUGUGUAUGGGUGGUCCCGGGGAUCGAACCCACUACCUUGGCGUUACAAGCGCCGUGCUCUACCAGCUGAGCUACAGAGGACCAAUAUAGCAUCUGUGUUUGAUGAUGACUUCUUAAAUGAUACUUGUAACUUAAAGAAUUGGAUGGGAGUUGAGAUGAAUAGGGCUGGAUACACCUCAAACUCAUUCCUGAAUGAAACAUUGACUAUGGAGGAAGUUCGGAAGGCAAAAACAAAAGCACCAGGAAUACAGGAGCUUCCAAAUGAAGUCUGAAAGUCUCCUCUAUUCUGUCUGUUUCACCCCGUCAACUUGGUACAGAUCCAUCAUUAAACCCAAAGUCAUCAAAGAAUGAUCCAGGGUCCCAUUAAAUGACAGAGGCAUCAGCCUUAUUAGCAGUCUGCAGUUAUACUCUGGCAUCAGCCUUAUUAGCAGUCUGCAGUUAUAGUCUGGCAUCAGCCUUAUUAGCAGUCUGCAGUUAUAGUCUGGCAUCAGCCUUAUUAGCAGUCUGCAGUUAUACUCUGGUAUCAGCCUUGUUAGCAGUCUGCAGUUAUAUUCUGGCAUCAGCCUUAUUAGCAGUCUGCAGUUAUAGUCUGGCAUCAGCCUUAUUAGCAGUCUGCAGUUAUAGUCUGGCAUCAGCCUUAUUAGCAGUCUGCAGUUAUAGUCUGGCAUCAGCCUUAUUAGCAGUCUGCAGUUAUAGUCUGGCAUCAGCCUUAUUAGCAGUCUGCAGUUAUAGUCUGGCAUCAGCCUUAUUAGCAGUCUGCAGUUAUAGUCUGGCAUCAGCCUUAUUAGCACAGUCUACAAGUUGUACUCUGGUAUCUUAAACAACAGGUUGACUCAGUAUUUGGAAAUGUCAGGUUUCCUUGUAGACGAGCAGAACGGGUUUUGUUAAAACACGGCUGGUGUCGUGGAAAUGACCACCAUGGACACUCGAAGUCAAUAUUAAAUGAAUCAUUCUUUAUUAACAGCAAGCUGGAGAGGUCACAGUCAAACUUGGAUGCAUAAAGUACCCGUCUGAAGUGAGCUGCACUGGGGCAGUCCCUUAUAUACUGCUUACAUAGGCAUGGUUCAUAGGGCUGGUUCCUGCAUGUGACCUUAAAAGGUCUGAGGAGGGGGUCAUGACCUUCUCCCCCUCAUGUCUUUACCCAGCACCUACAGGAACCAAUAAUUAUAUGAGACAAGAUGUACAAUUCAAGGCUGUCUCCAGACUAUACAUUUUUCCUCCACAUUCCCUACUUUUAUCACUUCUAUGAUAAUAAUUGUUAAAAAUGUAUGAGAUAGACACUUUCAAACCAUUCUGGGUUAUACAAUCUAAUUAGUAUGGUGAUACUAUCAUCAUAAUAAAGGUUAUACUUCAAUUAACGGGUCGGUAGUCAUUUAGGCUGGUUAUCUUAGUGUCCUUGGGCACGGGGACUAUGGUGGUCUGCUUGAAACAUGUUGGUAUUACAGUCAGGGACAUGUUGAAAAUGUCGGUGAAGACACUUGCCAGUUGGUCAGCACAUGCUCGGAGUACACGUCCUGGUAAUCUGUCUGGCCCUCCGGCCUGGUGAAUGUUGACCUGCUUAAAAGUCUUACUCACAUCGGCUACGGAGAGCGUGAUCACAUAGUCAUCCGGAACAGCUGGUGCUCUCAUGCAUGCUCCAGUGUUGCUUGCCUCGAAGCGAGCAUACAGUGAGGGAAAAAAGUAGGCAGCUGGGACCAUAGUCACCAAGAAAACAAUUGGUAACACACUACGCCGUGAAGGACUGAAAUCCUGCAGCGCCCGCAAGGUCCUCCUGCUCAAGAAAUCACAUAUACAGGCCCGUCUGAAGUUUGCCAAUGAACAUCUGAAUGAUUCAGAGGAGAACUGGGUGAAAGUGUUGUGGUCAGAUGAGACCAAAAUGGAGCUCUUUGGCAUCAACUCAACUCGCCGUGUUUGGAGGAGGAGGAAUGCUGCCUAUGACCCCAAGAACACCAUCCCCACCGUCAAACAUGGAGGUGGAAACAUUAUGCUUUGGGGGUGUUUUUCUGCUAAGGGGACAGGACAACUUCACCGCAUCAAAGGGACGAUGGACGGGGCCAUGUACCGUCAAAUCUUGGGUGAGAACCUCCUUCCCUCAGCCAGGGCAUUGAAAAUGGGUUGUGGAUGGGUAUUCUAGCAUGACAAUGACCCAAAACACACGGCCAAGGCGACAAAGGAGUGGCUCAAGAAGAAGAACAUUAAGGUCCUGGAGUGGCCUAGGCAGUCUCCAGACCUUAAUCCCAUAGAAAAUCUGUGGAGGGAGCUGAAGGUUCGAGUUGCCAAACGUCAGCCUCGAAACCUUAAUGACUUGGAGAAGACCUGCAAAGAGGACUGGGACAAAAUCCCUCCUGAGAUGUGUGCAAACCUGGUGGCCAACUACAAGAAACAUCUGACCUCUGUGAUUGCCAACAAGGGUUUUGCCACCAAGUACUAAGUAAUGUUUUGCAGAGGGGUCAAAUACUUAUUUCCCUCAUUAAAAUGCAAAUCAAUUUAUAACAUUUUUGACAUGCGUUUUCUGGAUUGUUUUGUUGUUAUUCUGUCUCUCACUGUUCAAAUAAACCUACCAUUAAAAGUAUAGACUGAUCAUGUCUUUGUCAGUGGGCAAACGUACAAAAUCAGCAGGGGAUCAAAUACUUUUUUCCCUCACUGUAAAACAAUAACAACUGGGCAGCUCGCGGCUGUGCUUCCCUUUGUAGUCUGUAAUAGUUUUCAAGCCCUGCCACAUCCGACGAGCGUCGGAGCCGGUGUAGUAGGAUUCAAUCUUAGUCCUGUAUUGACUCUUUGCCUGUUUGAUUGUUCGUCUGAGGGCAUAGCGGGAUUUCUUAUAAGCGUCCGGGUUAGAGUCCCGCUCCUUGAAAGCGGCAGCUCUACCCUUUAGCUCAGUGCGGAUGUUGCCUAUAAUCCAUGGCUUCUGGUUGGGGGUAUGUACGUACGGUCACUGUGGGGACGACGUCAUCGAUGCACUUAUUGAUGAAGCCAGUGACUGAUGUGGUGUACUCCUCAAUGCUAUCUGAAGAAUCCCGGAACAUGUUCCAGUCUGUGCUAGCAAAACAGUCCUAUAGCUUAGCAUCUGCGUCAUCUGACCACUUUUUUAUUAACUGAGUCACUGGUGCUCCCUGCUUUAGUUUUUGCUUAUAAGCAGGAAUCAGGAGGAUAGAGUUAUGGUCAGAUUUGCCAAAUGGAGGGCGAGGGAGAGCUUUGUAUGCGUCUCUGUGUGUGGAGUAAAGGUGGUCUAGAGUUUUUUUCUCUCUGGUUGCACAUUUAACAUGCUGGUAGAACGGAUUUAAGUUUCCCUGCAUUAAAGUCCCCGGCCACUAGGAGCACUGCCUCUGGAUGAGCGUUUUCCUGUUUAGUUAUGGCCUUAUACAGCUCAUUGAGUGCAAUCUUAAUGCCAGCAUUGGUUUGUGGUGGUAAAUAGACAGCUAUGAAAAAUAUAGAUGAAAACUCUCUUGGUAAAUAGUGUAUCUACAGCUUAUCAUAAGGUACUCUACCUCAGGCGAGUAAAACCUCGAGACUUCCUUAGUAUUUGAUUUUGUGCACAAGCUGUUGUUUACAAAUAUACACAGACCACCACCCCUUGUCUUACCGGAGUCAGCCGUUCUAUCCUGCCGAUGUAGUGUGUAGCCCGAUAGCUGUAUGUUGUCCAUGUCGUCGUUCAGCCACGACUCGGUGAAACAUAAGAUAUUACAGUUUUUUAUGUCCCGUUGGUAGGAUAAGUGUAAUCGUAGGUCAUCUAAUUUAUUUUCCAAUGAUUGAAGAUUGGCUAAUAGGAUUGAUGGAAGAGGCAGUUUACUCGCUCGCCGUCGGAUCCUUACAAGGCACCCCGACCUACGUCCACAAUAUCUCCGUCUCUUUCUCCUGCGAAUGACGGGGAUUUGGGACUUGUCGGGUGUCUGUAGGAUAUCCUUCGCGGCCGCCUCGUUGAAGAAAAAUUCUUUGUCCAAUACGAGGUGAGUAAUCGCUGUCCUGAUAUCCAGAAGCUCUUUUUGGUUAUAAGAGACGAUGACAGAAACAUUAUGUACAAAAUAAAUUACAAAUAACGCGUAAAAACACACAUAAUAGUACAAUUGGUUAGAGGGCUGUAAAACGGCAGCCAUCUUCUCAGGCGCCAAUAUGUGUCAAAUCCAGACUGUAUGACAAAUGAUUACUUCUACCAAUAUUCUUAAUACUAAUUUCUAAGACAAAUGUCAAAGAGAAUAACAAGACUCUGGUGGAACCAUUUUUUCAAAUUGGCUUAUAGGGCCCCAUCAUAUCACCGCAGAGUUGCAGGGUCAGGGAGUCAGAGGGCUAAUCCUUAGGGAGAAAUCCCGACCAUCCAAAAUACCCAAUCUGGUGAGAUUUGUAUUGAAGCAAGACAAAAACAAAACAACAACAGCAAAACACUUCCUUUUAUAGGCUGGCAUGUGAAUAAAAUCAAUUUGCAUAUUUACCAAAGGGACCCAGGGGACUGGUAAUUCCCCUUUGGACACAUGACUCACAUCGUGAUUCAUGCGUCCAAAAACACUACUGCCAGUUAAGUACAAAAUGUGAAUAACAAAUCAAAUUAAAAUUACAACUCUUAAUAACUCCAUAAGGAAAUAAUUGUAUCCCAUAAGGUAAUAGUAAAAUAGACUAGAACCUUACUUAAUUUGGGAGCUCCCUUAACAGCUGGAUCCGGGUACCUUUAUACUGUAUAGUACACAGUCUCAAUAACUACUCUCCUAAGGCACCUGCCUCAGGAAGCCUUUCAAAGGCAGAGAUACAGAACCAUUGGUAAACAUGUCAAAAUAAACUUGGUAGCGGACAUUCCAUCAGUCCUGGAAGAAAGAAAAUAAACAUGUACUUAGAUUUCACUAUGCUAUUUUAAUCAGUCCUAAAAAUUCUUAAUCUUAAUCGCGCUUACUGCAUCUUGGGCAGGAAAUCUUGAUAAAACCCUGCGUAUACAGAAUCAUACGUCAGACACAUCAGAUGAUACAGUGUCCUGUCAAGCGGAAUAAGCACCUUCUAAAGUAAACAAUCCCAGAGACCCUUUCUUGCAAUCUUAUCAUUUUUACCUGUUGCAUUGACAUAUGUCCUUGUGACAUCAACUAGUUAAAAUAUGUAACCAGUUGUUUAACAAAUCUGAUAGGACCUUCAAAAAGUUGGUGCUGGCUUAUCAGCUCAAUAUUCGGUACUAAAAACAUUUACUUGGAUCUACUUCAAUUCUGGACACAGUUCCACUUAACGGAAACAGAUUAUUGUUUUAGAUUACAUUAGCUCCUUGCUUAAAUCACUGGUGCUACCCAAAUUAUAGAAUUGAGUAAUAAUAAUUGGAAAUUGUCAAAAAUGUAUCUUAUUCAAUUAUUCAUACCUCUGUCCCAAAUGUCCCACUGUGUCCCUUACAGCCUGUUUGAGUUCAGAGAGUACUGGCGGCCUAUCUAUUUGUCCUCAGGAAGCUUAUCUCUAACCCAAACACCAGAUGGCAGCCUAAUAUAAUGUCCCUCUGUUCGUCAUGUGACCUUGUAUAGAAACCUCAGCAUCUUCAAAUUACUAAAAUACUGCAUUAUUAGAGUGCUAUCUGAAAGCAACUAAUAUCGCCAUUCAUUUUAUUACUUUCGCUAGUCUCCAUAUCUGUUUCCCUCAACUAGGACUCUCCCUUCUUCCUAAUAGGAAGACCUUCUCAAUCACUACUGCUAAUACACACGGAUCACUCUCAAACAAUGUUCUGCUUUUACCCCUAUUGUAAGGUUUAAAAACAAAACAUACAUGAUGUAAUUGUAACGCCAAGGUAGUGGGUUCGAUCCCCGGGACCACCCAUAUACAAAAAAUGUAUGCACGCAUAACUGUAAGUCGCUUUGGAUAAAAGCGUCUGCUAAAUGGCAUAUUAUUAUUUAUUUUAUUAUUAUGAUAACCUUUUCCAUAUUGGAAGGCAUUGUUUUAAUUUUAGUCUACCCUAAUAAUGUUACUCUAUAUAUUUAUUACCAAUUUCUGUUGGAUAUUCACUUUCUGCUUCACACUUAUUAAAUGUCUAAUAUUUUAAGAUUAACAUGUAAUGUGGCGAAUUUAUAAAAUACAUCGGCCAAUUCAGAAGGAAAAAUAUCAACUUUCUGCGAUCAACAUGUAUUAAAACUGGGCUGGCACUGACUAUCAGUUCCCUGUAGAUGGCGUGCUCUGUCCAUAAUAAUCUAUCGAGCAAGUUAAACUCUAGUAACCCAUUAUACAUUCAUACAUUGGUACUUUAUCAAAUUUAGUAACCCAAUAUACUAUUCAUUUCUCUUAAUACUUUUUACACCACUUACGUACGUCUACAUGGGCAAGUUGUAUAUUAUUAUUAUUUUUCCCAUGGUUACUUCAUCAAAGCUUUCGACUCUGUCAACCACCGCAUUCUUAUUGGCAGACUAAAUAGCCUUGGUUUCUCAAAUGACUGCCUCGCCUGGUUCACCAACUACUUCUCAGAUAGAGUUCAAUGUGUCAAAUCGGAGGGCCUGUUGUCUGGACCUAUGGCAGUCUCUAUGGGGGUGCCACAGGGUUCAAUUCUUGGGCCGACUCUUUUCUCCGCGUAUAUCAAUGAUGUCGCUCUUGCUGCUGGUGACACUCAGAUCCACCUCUACGCAGACGACACCAUUUUGUAUACAUCUGGCCCUUCAUUGGACACUGUGUUAACAAACCUCCAAACGAGCUUCAAUGCCAUACAACACUCCUUCAGUAGCCUCCAACUGCUCUUAAACACUAGUAAAACUAAAUGCAUGCUCUUCAAUCGAACGCUGCUGGCACCCGCCCACCCGACUAGAAUCACUACUCUCGACGGGUCUGACCUAGAGUAUGUGGACAACUACAAAUACCUAGGUGUCUGGUUAGACUGUAAACUCUCCUUCCAGACUCACAUUAAGCAUCUCCAAUCCAAAGUAAAUCUAGAAUCGGUUUCCUAUUUCGCCUCCUUCACUCAUGCUGCCAAACAUGCCCUCGUAAAACGGACUAUCCUACCGAUCCUUGACUUCGGCGAUGUCAUUUACAAAAUAGCCUCCAACACUCUACUCAGCAAAUUGGAUGUAGUCUAUCACAGUGCCAUCCGUUUUGUCUCCAAAGCCCCAUAUACUACCCACCACUGUGACCUGUACGCUCUUGUUGGCUGGUCCUCACUACAUAUUCGUUGCCAAACCCACUGGCUCCAGGCCAUCUAUAAAUCACUUCUAGGCAAAUCCCCGCCUUAUCUUUGCUCAUUGGUCACCAUAGCAACACCCACCCAUAGUAUGCGCUCCAGCAGGUAUAUCUCACUGGUCAUCCCCAAAGCCAACACCUCCUUUGGCCGCCAUUCCUUCCAGUUCUCUGCUGCCAAUGACUGGAACAAAUUGCAAAAAUCUCUGAAGCUGGAGACUCUUAUCUCCCUCACUAACUUUAAGCAUCAGAUGUCAGAGCACCUUACCGAUCACUGCACCUGUACACAGCUCAUCUGAAAUUAGCCCGCCCAACUACCUCAUCCCUAUAUUGUUAUUUAUUUUGCUCUUUUGCACCCCAGUAUCUCUAUUUGCACAUCAUCUAUCAUUCCAGUGUUAAUACUAAUUGUAAUUAUUUUGCACUAUAGCCUAUUUAUUGCCUUACCUCCAUAACUUGCUACAUUUGCACACACUGUAUAUAUAUAUUUUCUGUUGUAUUUUUGACUUUAUGUUUUGUUUUACCCCAUAUGUAACUCUGUGUUGUUGUUUUUAUCGCACUGCUUUGCUUUAUCUUGGCCAGGUCGCAGUUGUAAAUGAGAACUUGUUCUCAACUGGCUUACCUGGUUAAAUAAAGGUUAAAUAUAUAUAUAUUUUUUAAAUCUCUAGUAACCCAUUAUACACAGAAUCCUCCUUUACCCUAGUGUUCUAUUCAUACAGGGGUUUAAAUAUUUACACUAGUGUUCUCUUUUACAGCAUAUUUGGGAAUAGUACUUUCUCCUUUCAUGUCUCACAUACAGAAUCCCUAUAUAACGUUAUAAAUCAACAUAAAUGCCUACAGACAAUUGUCAGUGGGGCUUAGAUAUUCACAUCCACACCACUCCAUGUGCAUCUUCAACGAUUCCUAAAUGCCUAAAAUAACAAUAACACCUCGUGCUAUUAUCAGUGGUUCAGACCACGUAGACUUUUCUGUUGUUACAUCCUAUGCAUCUUCAACAGUUCUUGCCGCUACUUCCUAUACAUAUAAUAAUAAUAUAAUAAUAAUAUGCCAUUUAGCAGACGCUUUUAUCCAAAGCGACUUACAGUCAUGCGUGCAUACAUUUUUGUGUAUGGGUGGUCCCGGGGAUCGAACCCACUACCUUGGCGUUACAAGCGCCGUGCUCUACCAGCUGAGCUACAGAGGACCACAUAUAAAACACCCCGUGCUCAAUAACACCUCGUAGUCCCAGAUUACGAUGGCCGGUGGUGGACGGAACCCCUAGAUAACGUUAUAGAUUGACACACUCAGCUCACACAGAACUGGUUUGGUAUUCAUUCAGACACGCACUCUCUCACCUUUCACACCGAAACUAGUCCCCUGACAGCUCUCAUUCACUCCUUACUUAAUAGUAAUAAUAAUACUUAUCUAAAUUUCAAUCCUCUUAUUAUCCAAAUUUCAAUCAGCUUAUUGUCCAAAUUUUAGUCGUCUUUUCCACACUCACACAACUCUCACAUCCAUUCACGGUACUAAACUAUUCCCAAACAGUACAGACCACGUAGACUUUUCUAUUCCCAAACUCAGUAAUCUGCCUUUUUACUCUCUGUGCAUCUUCAACGAUUCUCUUGUCGUUACUUCCUUUUGUAUUUUGAUUUGUUGAACACUUUUUGGUUACUACAUGAUUCCAUAUGUGUUAUUUCAUAGUUUUGAUGUCUUCACUAUUAUUCUACAAUGUAGAAAAUAGUAAAAUUAAAGAAAAACCCUUGAAUGAGUAGGUGUUCUAAAACUUGUAGGUGACCAAAUACUUAUUUUCCACCAUAAUUAGCAAAUAAAUUCAUUAAAAAUCCUACAAUGUGAUUUUCUGGAUUUUUUUUUCUCAUUUUGUCUGUCAUAGUUGACGUGUACCUAUGAUGAAUAUUACAGGCCUCUCUCAUCUUUUUAAGUGGGAGAACUUGCACAAUUGGUGGCUGACUAAAUACUUUUUUUCCCCACUGUAUUGGUAGAUGGGUAAAAAUAAAAGCAGACAUUGAAUAUCCCUUUGAAUAUGGUGAAGUUAUUAGUUACACUUUGGAUGGUGUAUCAAUACACCCAGUCACUACAAAGAUACAGGCGUCCUUCCUAACUCAGUUGCCGGAGAGGAAGGAAACCGCUCAGGGAUUUCAUCAUUAGGCCAAUGGUGACUUUAAAACCGUUACAGAGUUUAAUGGCUGUGAUAGGAGAAAACUGAGGAUGGAUCAACAACAUUGUAGUUACUCCACAAUACUAACCUAAUUGAUAGAGUGAAAAGAAGGAAGCCUGUACAGAAUAAAAAAUAUUCCAAAAAAUGCAACAAGGCACUAAAGGAAUACUGCAUGAAAUGUGGGAAAGCAAUUAACUUUUAGUCCUGAAUACAAAGUGUUAUGUUUGGGGCAAAUCCAAUAUAACACAUUACUGAGUACAACUCUCCAUAUUUUCAAGCACAGUGGUGGCUGCAUCAUGUUAUGGGUAUGCUUGUAAUCAUUAAGGACUACGGAGUUUUUCAGGAUAAAAAAAAAACGGAAUGGAGCUACGCACAGGCAGAAUCCCAGAGGAAAACCUGGUCAGUCUGCUUUCCAACAGACACUGGGAGAUUAAUUCACCUUUCAACAGGACAAUAACCUAAAACAGAAACCAAAUAUACACUGGAGUUGCUCACCAAGACGACAUUGAAUGUUCCUGAGUGGCCUAGAUACAGUUUUGACUUAAAUCGGCUUGAAAAUCUACGGCAAGACUUGAAAAUGGCUGUCUAGCAAUGAUCAACAACUAACUUGACAGAGCUUGAAGAAUAAAAAAAAAAGUGUGCAAAUAUUGUACAAUCCAGGUGUGGAAAGCUCUUAGAGACUUACCCAGAAAGACUCACAGCUGUAAUCGCUGCCAAAGGUGAUUCUAAGAUGUAUUGACUCAGGGGGUUGAAUAGUGUUUUAUUACAGAGUAUUUUGUGUAGAUCGUUGAUAGAAAAUGACAAUUAAAUCUAUUUUAAUCCCACUUUGUAAAAGUCAAGGGAAGUGAAUACUUUCUGAAGGCACAAUACAUGAUGUAACUGAAGCCAGUCCUCUGUCCCAGGCCUAACCCUAACCUCUGACCCCUAACUGACCUCUGUCCCAGUAGGCGUGUCACCCAGCUGAUCUGCUGCCGUAGAGAGUUCCAGAACACUCCAGAGGAGGACGACGAGACCUCAACCACCCGCCCUGAUCUCCACCCCGAUCUCCACCCUGAUCUCCACCCCGAUCUCCACCCCGACCUCCACCCCGACCUCCACCCCGACCUCCACCUCCACCGUGACCCCCCCAGCUCCAUGGCUGGCUCCCCCCUCAGCAUUCGGAGGGCUAUGGGGGACCUGGCAGGGCCCAGCUACACCCUGUAUCAGCCUCCUGUAGGCCUCCCAGCCGGGUACAGCCAGCCUACCCCGUUCCCCAGUCAGGCUUAUGGCUCCUGGCUUCACCCCAGCUACACCAGCGUCUGGUCUGGCCCUGGACCUGCUUACCCCAGCAGCCUGCCCUCCUGCCUCACCCCCCCAGACUACCCCAGCUACCCAGGGGAGAGCUGCUACUCCCAGGGAAGGUCCCUGUCCCUCCCCCCCCCUACCGGGCCGAUACAGCCCUAG